AUGCCUACUGUUGCGGUUGACAAACAAGAUCUUUUUGAUCUUUUAGGGAAACAAUACACCACCGAAGAAUUUGAAGAAUUAUGUUUUGAUUUUGGUAUUGAAUUGGAUGAAGAUACAACUAAUGACUGUCAAGCUGGUGAACGUCCACAAUACAAAAUUGACAUUCCUGCUAAUCGUUAUGAUAUGCUUUGUAUCGAAGGUAUUGCUCAAUCCUUAAAUGAAUUUUUGCAAAGAGAACCAAUUCCUCCAUACAAAUUAUCCCCAUCAACUCCAACACUUUCAUUGACUGUUGAUGAAUCUACUGCUGCUGUCAGACCAUAUGCUGCCGCUGCUGUUUUGAGAAAUAUUACUUUUACUGAAAGAUCAUACCAAUCUUUUAUUGCUUUACAAGAUAAACUUCAUUCUAAUUUAUGUCGUAACAGAACAUUAGUUGCAAUGGGUACUCAUGAUUUAGAUGCUUUAGAGGGUCCGUUCCAUUAUAAGGCUUUACCUAAGAAGGACAUUAACUUCAUUCCUUUAAAUCAAACAAAGAAUGUUAAUGGUGAAGACUUUUUAGAUUUUUAUGCAAAUGAUAAAAAUUUGGGUAAAUUCCUACAUAUUAUUGAAAACUUUGAAAAUUUCCCAGUAAUUUUGGACAAUCAAAAUAGGGUUGCCUCUUUACCACCAAUUAUCAACUCUGAACGCUCAAAAAUUACUUUAAAUACAAAGAAUGUUUUCAUUGAAAUAACAGCUACUGAUAAAACAAAAGCUGAGAUCGUUGUCAAUCAACUAGUUGCAAUGUUUGCUCGUUAUUGUUCUGAACCUUUUGUUAUUGAACCUGUUGAAAUCAUCUCAAAACAUAACAAUGAAUCAAGAGUUACACCAAACAUUCAACCAAGAACAAUGACUGCUGAAAUUGAUUAUAUCAACAAAUGUUUAGGCUUACAAUUAUCUGGUGAAGAAAUCAGUAAAUUAUUGUUGAAAAUGAAACAAUACACCACCGAAGAAUUUGAAGAAUUAUGUUUUGAUUUUGGUAUUGAAUUGGAUGAAGAUACAACUAAUGACUGUCAAGCUGGUGAACGUCCACAAUACAAAAUUGACAUUCCUGCUAAUCGUUAUGAUAUGCUUUGUAUCGAAGGUAUUGCUCAAUCCUUAAAUGAAUUUUUGCAAAGAGAACCAAUUCCUCCAUACAAAUUAUCCCCAUCAACUCCAACACUUUCAUUGACUGUUGAUGAAUCUACUGCUGCUGUCAGACCAUAUGCUGCCGCUGCUGUUUUGAGAAAUAUUACUUUUACUGAAAGAUCAUACCAAUCUUUUAUUGCUUUACAAGAUAAACUUCAUUCUAAUUUAUGUCGUAACAGAACAUUAGUUGCAAUGGGUACUCAUGAUUUAGAUGCUUUAGAGGGUCCGUUCCAUUAUAAGGCUUUACCUAAGAAGGACAUUAACUUCAUUCCUUUAAAUCAAACAAAGAAUGUUAAUGGUGAAGACUUUUUAGAUUUUUAUGCAAAUGAUAAAAAUUUGGGUAAAUUCCUACAUAUUAUUGAAAACUUUGAAAAUUUCCCAGUAAUUUUGGACAAUCAAAAUAGGGUUGCCUCUUUACCACCAAUUAUCAACUCUGAACGCUCAAAAAUUACUUUAAAUACAAAGAAUGUUUUCAUUGAAAUAACAGCUACUGAUAAAACAAAAGCUGAGAUCGUUGUCAAUCAACUAGUUGCAAUGUUUGCUCGUUAUUGUUCUGAACCUUUUGUUAUUGAACCUGUUGAAAUCAUCUCAAAACAUAACAAUGAAUCAAGAGUUACACCAAACAUUCAACCAAGAACAAUGACUGCUGAAAUUGAUUAUAUCAACAAAUGUUUAGGCUUACAAUUAUCUGGUGAAGAAAUCAGUAAAUUAUUGUUGAAAAUGUCACUAAGUGCUAAGCCAUCAACCAGUGAUUCAAACCUUUUGGAAGUUCAAAUUCCAUUAACAAGACCAGAUAUCUUACAUCAAGCUGAUAUCAUGGAAGAUGCUGCCAUUGCUUAUGGUUAUAACAAUUUACCAAAAACUCGCAUCUCUUCAAACUCAACUAAAGGUGCAACUCCAUUGCCUAUUAAUAAAGUUGCUGAUAUAAUUAGAAAUGCUUCUGCACAAUCAGGCUGGUCGGAAGUUUUACCUUUAACUUUAUGUUCGCAUGAUGAAAAUUAUAAAUUUUUGAAUCAAUCAGAUGAUUCUAAGGCUGUUCAGUUGGCUAAUCCAAAAACUCAAGAAUAUCAAGUUGUUAGAACUUCUUUAAUUCCAGGUAUUUUGAAAACAAUCCGUGAAAAUAGAAAACAUUCGCUACCAAUCAAAGUUUUCGAGGCUGGUGAUGUUGUUUUCAAAGAUUUAUCAUUAGAACGUCGUGCUUUCAAUCAAAGAAAUUGGGCUGCUAUAUACGCUGGUAAAACCUCUGGUUUUGAAUAUGCUCAAGGUUUAUUAGGUAAAAUCAUGCAAACUUUGAGAACACCAUGGUUAGCUGAUCCAAAGAAUUCAACUGAAAAAGGUUAUUGGAUUGAAGAAGACCCAGAAAAUAAAACUUAUUUCCCAGGAAGAGGUGCCAAAAUUUUCUAUAGACAUAAAAAUGGUGGUGAUGCUCAAGCUGUUGGUUCAAUCGGUGUUCUACAUCCUCAAGUUUUGAACAAUUUCGAAAUUCCUUAUGCUGCUAGUGCUGUUGAGAUUAAUGCUGAAAUCUUCCUUUGA